GCCAUCCGAGGCGGUUGGUAAUGGUGCCUCGAGAGCCGCUCUAAAAACAGCGAUUUUGGAGAGAAGGAAGGCCAGAAACACCAGUUCCGGCGACCAUGGCGUUGCUCUCCCUCUCUCUUACUUCAACUCCCACGGCGGCGAUGUUGAGUUCUUCCUCUUCAUCGGCGACUUCAUCCAGCGGCUGCUUCGCCGGCCCAGCUCCUUGCCGACCACCGCAGACCUCCGCUUUUGUGGUGCUGCCGCCUCUCAGCUUCAGAUACAACGUUGUAUCGCUUAACCGUCGGAAGUCACAGGUCGUGCGUAUGGCUCCUGAAGAUGAGAAGAUGACUCGCCGUUCUCCUCUCGAUUUCCCCCUCGAAUGGAUAAGACCAAAGCCCGGUCGCAGACCAGACAUCUUCCCCCAAUUCAGCCCUAUGAGAACUCCACUGCCACCUCCAUUGCCAGUUGAUCCUCCUCUAGAAGAUGAUGAGGAGGAGGAAGAAGAAGAGGAGAAGAAAGAGGAUGAUGAGCCUGAAAAGGAGGAGGAACCAGAAACACCAGACGGAAAGUAAUAGCAGUGGGCAUCUUUUGUUGUGAGCUGGCAGAGAGCUUAGAGUUCUUGUAUUAAAGGAUUUAAAGCUAAGUCCAUUGUGGCUUCCACAAGUUUGGAUUGUGCUCUGGUUUAGGCUUUAACUAGUAUAGCAUCAUAAGGUACUGUGAAGUCAUAUUCAUUUUUGUGGUCUCCAUUUUGUAAUGAUAAGCUAAAUGGUAUGUGCUGUUUUUGAAACACAAUUAGUUUACUCCCUA